UUAGAUAAGCAGUGUGCACUAUAAAAGGGAUUGUCCAUUCCCACACUAACCGUCUCCAAGACAGACCUUCAACCUUGAACAGGAAUCAGUGAUGCAGCAAGCGUGCUAGGAUUAGGGGCAGAUGCUGCGAAUGUGACAGAUGUUAAAACCAGCCUGGAAAGUGUACAAGGAGCCCACCUCUAGAAAGCCAGGAAAAACGUACAGUCUCCACAUUUUUCAUCAUGUCAGCCAGUGCCAAAAACAAGGACCAUGCAAACGAAAACAAAAAACUGGAUGAACUGCUGCUCAAGUUAGGACUGACAAGCAAACUCACAUUAGGUGCUGUCCUUGAGAUCAGCCCACAGAGUGUGACAGAUCAACCAAUCCAGUCCCUAAAAGAUCUUCCCAGUCACUUUCUGAAAAGACUGAUGAUGGUGAAUGUGACAGCUAGAAGUAGUGAGUGUCCGGAUGCCAUGAACAGGACAAAAACAGCCGCAAAACCUCCGGACCUUGACAGUAUUUUUGACGGUUUGUGCAGUAAUGAUAAUUGUGACGACAAUCGAAUCAAUCCGCUGGAUCUCAUCACAGCUCUCUUCCUGUCCGCCGACAGCUUCCUGCAGCAGGAAAUGCUGUCAAAAAUGUCGAUGUGUCAGUUUGCUGUACCUCUCUUGCUCCCUGACUGCAGCACCAGUCAGUGUACAUUAAUGCUGUGGGCCAUGCGAGACAUUGUGAAGGAGUGGAGACCCCACUCACUAGCAGAGACAAAAGGGUUUGUAGAAGACAGUAUAGUCAGCACUGCCAUGCCAAUGAUCUCUUUUGUUAGGCUGGGUGACUGCAGUUUAUCAAAGUCUCAAAUUCUGAAUCAGGUUCUCAGUAACCACCAGCAGUACCAUGACUUCUUCAUCCAUCGCAAUAUGGGGUGUGGGGAUGUUUCACGAGAGAUUUCAAAUGGUUUAGUUGAGACCAGUUGGUACCUUCCUUGCGGUAACAAAAAUGUAGACAUCUUUUCAGAACCCAUAGCUAUUGCUACACUCCGAGGAGACAUAUGCUCCUUUGAGACACAGUUCAGCUUUUUAGUGCAAACAUCAUCAGCUGUUUUUGUGUUUUUUGAUAGCAUAGAAGAGAAUGAGUACAGGUUACUGGCAUCACUGAAGAAUACCAAAGCACAGCUGAUUCUGGUUCUUAAUAACACUCAGAAUACAAAUCUUACCACUGUGAAAAAACUGGCUGCAGAGUUAAAAUUAGAUGCAAAUAAUAUCCUAAUUAAGGGCAAACAGAUGAAUGAUGCAGAGUUUACUAAUAACCUACGCAAGGCCAUGAAGGGCAUUGUGCAAAGCAAGCCAAAUAUGGUGCGAACAGAAGACAUGUCUGCAACAGCACUCGAAUUAGGCAUUUCUGUUGAUGAAGAGUGUACUGAAUGUCAAAAUGCAAAGAAAAGUGCCAAAGAAAUUACUGCUCAAAUUGGCAAAAUAAUAAAGAUCCCUCAAUACAAGGAUGAAAAGCUAACUUUGCAAGGUCAACCUUGGAAGAAUCUGGCAAAAUUAGAAAAAGAGGAGUGUAGACUAGAAGACGCAGGAGACCAGAAUCUUGAACAAUAUAAGUCUCAGCUGCAGGAGGAAAAACAGAAACUACGACAAGAACAAAGCAAGUGCAGGACUCCUAAAGCAAUGGAGAAAUUUAUCAAGGCAAUAGCCAACUCAAACAAAAGAGAAAGAGCCUAUUUCCUGAAGUGGAUGAGGCUGAACUUGGAUGGUAUUGCACGAAAAGAACUCUCUCUACUCCGUAAGGAAUAUAAAGAAAAAUGUACAGAUUUAACAGAUCAAAAAAAUAAACGUGCAAUUGAAGACUUGGACCAAAAAAUAUUAAAAAGUUCCCUUGGAAUGGAACAUUUCAUGCGUGAAAUUGGACAGAUUUAUGAAGCAGCGUGCUCCCUUCCUGACAAUGCUGAAUCUCGCCAGCAGUUUCAACAUCUUCCCAGCGUUGUGGCUGAUCUGCUGUUGGAUGGCUUCCCUCUUGAGCUGGUGGAUGGAGAUGCAUCAAAUAUCCCUGUAAGGUGGGUGACUGAUGUCCUAACUGAGCUCCACAGGAAAGUCCAACCCAAGAGCAGGCUGCUGGUUGUAACAGUGCUGGGAGUCCAAAGCACUGGGAAGUCUACCCUCCUCAACACAAUGUUUGGGGUUCAGUUUGCAGUUAGCAGUGGCAGAUGCACAAGAGGAGCCUUCAUGCUGUUAAUCAGAGUCAAAGAGGAUCUUAAAGAAGAGCUGAACUGUGAUUUUAUCUUGUUAAUCGACACUGAAGGUCUAAAAUCUCCAGAACUGGCAGAACUAGAAGACAGCUACGAACAUGACAAUGAGCUUGCAACACUGGUUGUAGGUUUGAGUGACAUCACCAUAGUAAACAUUGCAAUGGAGAACUCCACAGAGAUGAAGGAUAUCCUGCAGAUCGUGGUGCACGCCUUUCUUAGAAUGAAAAUAGUGGGGAAGAAGCCGAAGUGCCAGUUUGUGCACCAGAAUGUCGGGGGGGUGUCUGCUCACAACAAAAACAUGACAGAAAGGAAGCAUCUUUUGAAGCAUCUUAAUGAGAUGACAGAGAUAGCCGCCAAAAUGGAGAAGCAACAAUCUGUCAGUAAAUUCACUGACGUUAUGGAGUACGAUGCAGAGAACAGUAACUGGUACAUCCCUGGCCUGUGGCAUGGCAUUCCACCGAUGGCACCAGUGAACACAGGCUACAGUGAAGCUGUGUAUGAGUUCAAGAAGAGUCUGUUUGAGGUUUUAAAACACUGCAAAGACGAUCAGCCUCCUGCACAUAUUACAGAGUUCCUGGAGUGGAUGGAAAGCUUGUGGAAAUCUGUUAAAUAUGAGAAUUUCAUUUUCAGCUUCAGAAAUACACUGGUGGCUGAUGCUUACAAUGACCUCUGCAUUGCAUUUUCUAAAUGGGAAUGGUCCUUCCGAAAACACAUGUUUUCAUGGGCGGCAGAGGCAGAGGUGCGCAUUUCUAACUUCAAGAGUAACCAGCCUACAAACCUCACUGAUUUACUGAGAUAUUUACGAUUAGAGGCAACUCAGGAACUGGCAUCUGAAGAAAAGAAAAUCAGUGACCAACUGGCUGAAUACUACAAGAAAAAGGAAAGACAUGUUCGUCUUGUGGAAAAAUACAGAGAAGACUUUAGGAACAGCAUUAAAAGUCUUACAAAAGAAACUGAUAAUGCUAUUCGUAACACACUGGACAAAGCCAUGGCAAUUAAAAAAGGAAUGACAAAGUUAAAAGAUAUUCAUGAAACGGAUACUGCAGCAAUUGAACGGAAAGUACUGGACGUGCUGAAAGACUGUAGGGAGAGGGGUGUAGACUUAUCUGAUACGCAGCUGGAUGAAGAAUUUGAAAAUAUGUGGCGGGAGACCAUGUAUGAACUCAACAUCAAGGCAAUGGACAAGAAAGAUGUUGCAUCAAAUGUCUUUAAGCAACUGAGAACCAAUUUAGAGAGACAGGGCAGCGCAGUUCAGGAACAGUUAAAUAACGUGAAGGAUUUUACGAAAUGUGGAGUAACAGCUUUUGAGGUGCAUGAUAAGAAUCACUUCCAGAAAUGUUCUUUUUUUAAAAGAGUGCUAAAUGUUUUCAAAAACACCAUAAAACAGACAGAAGAGAUGGCAAACAAUUUAAUUGGACAGUGCAAAGAUUAUGUUUCAAAACAAAAAGAAAGAAAGACAGAUUACCAUGACAUUUACACCAGAGAGUUGCUCGUAAUGAUAGAUGAAACACUGGAGGAGACGAAUAAUAAGAAACUCAAAACCAAUCCAGCUUUUGAAGUCGAAUUAAAGCUGCAUAUCUGUGGUUUUGCCGCAAAGGGAUUUCAGCAGAUGCAUGAACAGUUCCUCAUGGAGAACAACCCUGAGCAACAGCUGGAAAAGUUUAAAACUCAGUACAAAUCAACAUUCGUAGAUCUUUAUCAUAAAAAGGAUCAACGCCAAAAGAAAGCAAAGGAAUUUGUCAAUCUCUGCCUCACACCUGCAGUAAGAGAAUAUGUUCACAGAACUCUCGGGAUUGAAAUUGUAGAUGCAAUUCUGACUGGUGGAGAAUCUGUGAAAUACAGCUCCCGGUCCUUCUUCCAGUUCACCAUUCUAAAGCAGCUGUUGACUGAAGGAAACGUUAGUAGCUACGUGCGAUACACUAACAGCUACAAGUAUUUUGUCAAGGAGUGUAUUUUGGAUCGCAUCAUCUGCCACUUUACAAAAGACGCUUCCAUUGGUGAUUUAGAAAUCAAAUGUCUUGACGUGAUAACAACGAAAAUAGAACAAGCUGUCAAAACCGCACAAACAGGGAAAGAUAACGCAGCCCUCCCUAACGACAGCAAAGGCACAUCGAUAUUCAUUGAAAACAUCUGCAGCAUUCUGAGCAAAGAUAUUGUGAUUCCCCAGGACACGUUGGGAGGAAUUACUUUCCAGAUCACGGCAAAGUAUGAAGAGUUUGUGACGGAUCUUCAGACUUUUCUGAAGGAAAUGAACAAAUUGUUACGCGCCGAAUUUUCUAAGGGAUGCAAAAUUGAGGAGAAACUUAAAAAUCUACCCUUCAAGCCGCAGGACGAGCUGUUCAAGAGGGUGUUUGGCUGUGGGGAGCAGUGUCCGUUCUGUAAGGUCCCCUGUGAGGCAGGAGGCAAGGAGCACAGAGAACACCACGCAUCCGUGCAUCGACCACAAGGGCUGGGUAUGUGCAGCUAUGAAGGAUCUGAGAAACUAGUCGAAACGAUAUGUACAACCGAUGUGUAUAGUGAAAAUAAAUUUAAGAAUAUUGACAUAGAGGGGAAGGCUCAUCCCUAUAAAGACUAUCGGAGAUUCUACCCUGACUGGAACAUUGCCCCCGAUGCCAGUAUUGAAGCCUCUGACUACUGGAAGUACAUCCUGACUACAUUUAAUGAACAAUUUGCAAAGGAGUUUAAUGCACAGCCUGCUGAUAUCCCUAAGCAAUGGAAAAGCAUAACAAAGAAACAAGCACUGAAGAGUUUGCAGGAAUUGUUCAACGUCAAAUAAAUCAGAAGAUGUUUGAUGCAUAAAGUUUGCUUAUCCAAAAAAAAUCCCAAGCAUUAGACAGAGCAUAAAAAAAGACAUCAAGUCACUUCAAAUAUGGGUUGUGGGAUAUACAGAAAAUGACUAAGUGCUUUAGGUCAGGAGUUAAACUGCCUUGCUUUUAGAUAACUGCUUUAAAAAAUGACAUUUCAAGAUGAGCAUGUCAUUACUUCAGUAUAAUGUCUGAUAAUGUAUAUAGGCCUAUAUAUAUAUAUAUAUAUAUAUAUAUAUAUAUAUA